AUGGCCCCUUUCAUGCCCUCAUUCACAGAUUUACUCCUCUCACAAUGGCGUGAUCCUUCAUUGCCCACCAAGGCGACUCUGGCCGUUGACGGAAGGAGUCUGACCAUCGCCGAUGUGGUGGAAGUCUCGAGACAAUUAAAACAUGUUGAGCUCACAUCCGAGUCCAUUAACGCCAUCGAAGUGUGCAGCAAGAUCAUCCCAGAGAAGAUCGCCAAAGGCAAUAUCAUAUACGGCGUCAAUACGGGAUUCGGGGGCAGCGCUGAUACGAGAUCCAACGACGUUGAGAGGGUCCAGCAGAGCCUGAUCAGUCAUCUGACGUGCGGAAUCGUUGCGGACGGCAAGCAGCAGCCCGUCCUGGAGAGCAAUACAAAUUUAUAUCAAAGCAACGGUGUGACGCAUCCUGGCCAAAGCAAUGGAAGCAACGGCGUAACCCAUCCUGACCAAAGCAACGGCGUUACCCAUCCUAGCCAAAGUAAUAGCGUGGCCGAGCCCAGCAAGGACCUGAAAGAACAACGACACCGCACGCUGGUAAAAAUAUCGCUUCCGCUAAAUGACCCGCUCGCCGCUACCUGCAUGCCGGAGUCAUGGGCGCGGGCGUCUAUGAUCAUCCGCCUCAAUUCCCUCUCCGGUGGUGCGUCGGGCAUUCGGGUCGACAUCGCGGAAUCCCUGGUCAACCUUUUGAAUAAGGAUGUCGUGCCACGGAUUCCCGUCCGUGGGAGCAUCUCGGCGUCGGGGGACCUCAGCGCGCUCGCGUGGAUCGGCGCCGUGAUGCAAGGCAAGUCAUCCGCUACGGCUUCCGCUGGUCCACGGGACAUCGACGGCGCUAGGAGAGUAACGAGAGCCGAUGUCGCCCUGGAGGAAGCCGGCAUAGCACCUAUCAGUCUGCACGCCAAAGAAGGCCUCGCUAUCGUUAACGGCACGGCUGUAUCGGCCGCAGUAGCGGCUCUCGCGGCGUAUGAGUCCCUUAAUCUCGCAGCGCUGUCGCAGGUGCUGACGGCGAUGAGCGUGGAGGCGCUGCGUGGCAGUGACGAGAGCUUCGAGCCGUUCAUUGCCCAAGUGCGGCCGCACCCUGGGCAGGUAGAUAGUGCACGGACUAUCAAAGCGUUCCUUAGCGGGUCGCAGCUGCUGAACCGGCACGAUAGCCAGAACGAGGCGACGCUACGGCAGGACCGCUAUUCGAUACGUACGGCCAGCCAGUGGAUCGGCCCGGUGCUGGAAGAUUUUUGUCUGGCGCACGACCAGCUAACAAUCGAGCUAAACUCGGUGACGGACAACCCGCUGAUCGAAACGGCGACAGGCCGCGUAUUCCACGGCGGUAACUUUCAGGGGCGCGCCGUCACGUCAGCGGCCGAGAAGCUGCGCCAGGGCCUACAGAGCAUCGGCCGUAUGCUUUUCGCCCAGUGUACCGAGAUGAUCAACCCGACUACCAGCUGGGGCCUGCCGCCAAAUCUAUGCUCCGACGACGCUAACGACUCGUUCCUAUUCAAGGGGCUCGACGUCGUCGUUGCCGGCCUAACGUCCGAGUUGGGCUUUCUGGCCAACCCCGUCGGGUCGCAUGUGCAGACGGCCGAAAUGGGCAACCAGUCUCUCAACUCCCUAGCGCUUAUUUCCGCCCGCUAUACGCUCGAGGCCGUCGACGUGCUGUCCCAGAUCGCCUCGGCACACCUCAUGGUGCUGUGUCAGGCGCUCGACCUACGCUCGAUAGAGAUCGAGGGCCGGAAGGACGCCCCGCCCGACGCGACCCCGUACAUUAGCCCGACUUCGCAGCGCAUGUACCGCUUCAUUAGAGAGGACCUCGGCGUUCCGUUCUUGGGCGAGGAGCACCUGGCGUCAACCGAGGCCGUGACGCUGGACGGUAUCACGUCGAGUAUUGGGCUGUACAAUACGCGGGUCUACGAGUCGAUCAGGUCGGGACGCUUGUACGAUAUCGUCCUAACCGCUCUUAAAGAAGUGGAGGAGUAA